AUGAGACAGGAGAAGACCGCCGACGAUGGAGAGGAUCUGGAAGAAAUCGUACUUGGCAAAGUCCUUGUGGGGGUGGUGCUCGUGGAGCUAGCGAGGCACGACACGUUAGCUGCGUGGCCGGAGAAGAAGAAGAAGAAGAAGAAGAGGAGGAGGAGGAGGAAGAAGAAGAAGAAGAAGAGGAGGAGGAGGAGGAGGAGGAAGAAGAAGAAGAAGAAGAAGAAGAAGAAGAAGAAGAGGAAGAAGAAGAAGAAGAAGAGGAGGAGGAGGAGGAGGAGGAAGAAGAAGAAGAAGAAGAGGAGGAGGAGGAGGAGGAGGAAGAAGAAGAAGAAGAAGAGGAGGAGGAGGAGGAGGAGGAAGAAGAAGAAGAAGAAGAGGAGGAGGAGGAGGAGGAGGAAGAAGAAGAAGAAGAAGAGGAGGAGGAGGAGGAGGAGGAAGAAGAAGAAGAAGAAGAGGAGGAGGAGGAGGAGGAGGAAGAAGAAGAAGAAGAAGAGGAGGAGGAGGAGGAGGAGGAAGAAGAAGAAGAAGAAGAGGAGGAGGAGGAGGAGGAGGAAGAAGAAGAAGAAGAAGAGGAGGAGGAGGAGGAGGAGGAAGAAGAAGAAGAAGAAGAGGAGGAGGAGGAGGAGGAGGAAGAAGAAGAAGAAGAAGAGGAGGAGGAGGAGGAGGAGGAAGAAGAAGAAGAAGAAGAAGAAGAAGAAGAAGAAGAAGAAGAAGACGCGUAUGACGGGGUGCAAUUGA